UCCGCUCUGGUUCCUGGAUCAGCCCGGUUCCAACUCAGCCACAGGCACCUUGCUCCUGCCCGCUGCCCCGCACUCCACAAGCUGCACCGAGACAGAAGAUGGAGACGCUCCCUGCUGCUUGGGUCCUGAUGCUGCUUUGCCUAGGUUCCCAUCUUCUACAAGCAGUUAGCAGCACAACAGUGAUCCCAUCAUGUAUCCCAGGAGAAUCCGAGGACAAUUGUACAGCCUUAGUUCAGAUGGAAGAUGAUCCCCGUGUGGCUCAAGUGUUGAUUACAAAGUGUAGCUCUGACAUGGAAGGCUACUGCUUGCAUGGACAGUGCAUCUACCUGGUGGACAUGAGCGAGAAAUACUGCAGAUGUGAAGUGGGCUACACUGGUCUGCGAUGUGAACACUUCUUUCUAACUGUUCACCAACCCUUGAGCAAAGAAUAUGUUGCAUUGACAGUGAUUCUCGUUUUCCUGUUUUUCAUCAUAACUGCUGGAUCCAUAUACUAUUUCUGCAGAUGGUACAAAAAUCGAAAAAGUAAAAAACCAAGGGAGGAAUACGAGAGAGUGACCUCAGGGGACCCAGUGCUGCCACAAGUCUGAACAGUGCCAUCAACUUAUGGACAAGGAUGCACAGUGUGCCUGGCUGAUGUCAAUACUUUGUCAUGUUAAUAAUAUUUAUGUUGGGUCAUGUGUUAGGUCAAUAACUGUAUAUUUUUAAUACAAUUGGAAAGUGUUUUAUUUUUGACAGAAAUAUAUUUGCUAAUAUAUUAUAUGUAAAAUAUUUAAUAUCAAAAGAAAUUUGAUAUUUUUGUAAGAAUUUCCUGAGUACGAUGCUUUAUUGAAAAGCUUCAAAGUUCAUUAAGCUGGUGCAGUGCUUAGAGAGAGCAAUGACCAGUCUGUAGCUUGGGAGGUGUCUGCAAGUGACAUUCCUGUGAGCUUAGUGAUAUGGUCAAGUCCACUGCAUUGGUAAUUUAUUUUCUUCUUCUCAUGUCUGUGAUAAUUGACUUGACUGAAUUGUGGCUUGGCACAGUGGUUGGCGAGCCUCGUAGUAGUAUAGUCAAAUCAAUUGCAUAAGUAAUUUAUUUUCUACUUCUUAUGUCUGUGAUAAUUGCUUUGACUUUAUUAUCAUGUAUUAAACAGUAAUAACAAUGGGACUUAGAGGAGGUAAACAUAACUUGUGUGCCUCGAACCAGCUAGUCCUGGACAGGAUGUCUCUUCAGCAUCUCUGCUAUUGGGUUCAGAUGUGUCUAGGGGCACAAAGGACAAUCCCCUACACUAACCCACCCAAACAUUAGCUCUUCCACCUAUGUAGAGUACAUCAUUAUGUGAGGUUGUCGCUUUGAAUAUCAACCAGAAAAUCCACAUCUGAAGACAAAUUUGAACUCCAUUUCAGAAUAUUUAUUUUUAUAGGGAAUUAAUAACAUUAAAGCAGAAUCCAAAUCAAAUUAAUUGUAUUUUUAAAA